UCGUAUUUCAGGAACUUAAUCUUGUUUCAAGCAAGGUACUGCUUGGGCUGCUGGGCAUGAAUUCAUAGCCUUUGGCAGGGCUGGAUAGUGAGCACUGGAUUCUGACCGCAUCGUCUAUCGUCGCACUCCCCGCCAAUAAUCCAGGAGCUGACGGUUUCUGAAAGUCGACAGUGGCUAUUCACGAUAAGGGGCGGGGAAUAAAUACUUGUCCCAGACCUCCAGAGACAAUCGCGGCCGACGUCCUAGAUCUCGUGAACAAUCUCAACAGAACGAAAACCAGAGUCGGGCCAACAUCCCCCAAACGGCAAACGUUACGCUGCUCCGUAUGGCGCAUGCCGACACCGAGGGCUUGCAGCGGGCGCCACAAGUAUGCUCCCAUUGCAAAAGUAUCAAGAAAGGUUGCGACAAGAAGCUGCCUAGCUGCAGCCAGUGCAUCAAGUCCGAAAGACUUGCAUCAACAUGGACAUCGAUCCCACGCUCAAUGCGGGCGAAAUUAUGUCCGACUGUAAGGCUUUCGCUGCUGCUGAUGAACUCGCUAUCCGAUGUUUUGCCAUCGAACUUCGAGUCGAAAGAUUCUGCAGCAUCUGCAACCAGUAACAGCGUCUUCUCCUCCCAGAUUCGCCACAUCAUCGAGAGAGAUGGAAAAUACAUCGAUGAUGUCGUGGUUCGAUAUUUCCAAGGAGUCCAUCUUUGGCUCCCAAUCAUCUCCAAAAAGCGUUUCCGCGACCGGUUUGCGCAUUUUCAAGCUACUCCAACUGCAGAUUUUGCACUCCUACUUCUUCUUAUGCGACUGAUUAUCCAGCAUCCUUCUCCGGACCCUGAUAUGGACCAGGACCGGGAAGUUCUCUAUCUUGCUUCCAAGACUCUUUUCGCACAAGUUCAAGCUUUUGUCCCCUCCUCCCUUUUCCUUGUUCAAGCCGGUGUGUUGCUUGCUACCUAUGAGCAUGCGCACGGGGUGAUCGAGGCAGCAUAUGUUACUAUUGGCACCUCAGCUCGAAUGGCAUGUGCAUUAGGCCUGCAUACCAAGCCUUGUUCGAUGGAGAUGCAAGGCACUGAUGCUUGGCUGGACGAUGAAGAAGCCCUGGCCACGUGGUGGGGGCUGAUGAUAUGUGACAGGGCUAUUGGGUGUGAUGCUCAAAUGCACGGUCGACCCUUGGCCACUCGUCCUAUUCGGGACGACGACUACCUGCCGCUAGAGCCAGAGUUCUUAGAUGGAAGUCGGCGAGAUAUGAUGGACCCUACAUUUCGUUACUUCGUUUCCGCUAUUUCUUUACCAGGAGUAGGAUCUUUUGGUCGGGAAGCCCAAGCAACGUACUUGCUUGAUAGAGUUCGCAUGGCCAUUGAAGCGGGUCAAACGAGCGAGAACACACUUUACCCUUUAGGUUGUGAGCUCCAAAACCUUUUGGGCACAGUUAUGGAACAAGUAGCUGGAAGAUGGGGCAUCUAUUGCGGUGCGACGCAGACGCUUAUUUCAGCUUUAUAUACUCUCCACCAGACUGCAGCUAUGCAGCAAGACAUCGACAAUAAUCCGCGAUAUAGAGAAACAGUAAAAGUUGCUUUGAAAACUAUGACAAGAAUGGUAAUCGACAUUGCCUACGCUUUCAACAUGGAAGUAGGGACUAUCAACAUUGAUAUUCUAGCUCCAGCGACUCAACAUAUCGUGUGCUGUGCGCAACAACAUAUCUUAACGGCCCAAGAUUUUAACGAUAGAAAGUGGCUGGAGGACUUCAAUCAGCUAAGGAAGAUGUUAAAUUAUUUUAAUCAGAGGUGGAUUGUGGCAGGUGAGUUGCACGAGUUGCACUUACUUGAAUAG